GACGGGCCCUCGCACAUGCCGCCUUCGUCACCCUGCAACGGUGUACCGAGGCCUGCUGGGCUGCACAUUUCCGGCCCCUGGCCCCUUUUUCAGCCCCGUGCCUCCUCCCGGAUUCUGGACCCAGACCCUGACCCCAACGGUGCCCCUCCAUUCCCUGCCUCUGCCCCGCCGUCUCACCCCGCAAAGCGCUCGCCGCCUCAGCUCCUAACCCACUUCCCUGCUUCGUUCGCGACCCCUUCCCCGCAACACUCUGACAAGGAGCUCACCGGAGCAGUUUUGCCGCCGACUGCUGCGACCCGACGGGCUUGCUGUUGCCGGGCAACAAUAAUUUCCGUCCCUGAGGUCAGGGGCCAAGGCCCCCUGGCGCAAAGCCUUCUGGGGCUUGUAGUUCCAGCUUUGGGGAGUGAGGCACAGAGCCACGGUCAGGCACCCUUUCCACCCGCCUGCCCUCGCCGCCCGGCCGGUCUCUGGGGUCAGCGCCAGGUCCACAGGUCCGGCCCCUCGCUCCGCUCCCCGAAAGCAACCGUCGAGGAGUGUCCAGUGAUGGCAGACCAGUGCCUGGUACCACACUAUGAGGCUUGCCAGACCCUGGGUGAAGACAAGUGCCCAACAGUCCAUGUCUCAGAGCCAGAGCUCCAGGAGGAACGACUCAAGCUGAAGGAAGAGAGGCUCAAGCCAGAGGUGGAGUCACUAGAGGAGAGAGGCCCUCCCAGGCCUAUGGCCUCCAUUGUGAGGCCCAGUCCUGGUCCGAAGAGGAAGCCAGUCAACCUCCCAGGGCCUAGCCACCAAGUCCAUCCCAAAGCUGAAGCUGAGAUGCCACAGGGGCUGCCACCGCAGAGGGAGGAGCCAGAGGGUAGCCAGACUGAGCCCUCACCAUCUGCCAAACAGCACAAAAAAGCCAAGAAGCGCAAGAGUCUGGGAGCUCCAGUGCUCCCAGCUGUGGCCAGCACAGUGUCUGCACCUCCAGAGACCUUGGGGCUGGAGCCCCCUGCCUUGCCCUGGCUGUUUGCAGGAAAGGCCCACCGCCUGCGGCCCCUGUACCAGUACAUCAACUAUUGUAAUCCUGAGCUGAAUCAGGCAGGGGAGGGGGACAGGGAGGCUGAGGUGGACGUGGAGCCUGAGUUGGAGUUGGCCCUGGUCCCCGAGGAGGCAGGUGUGGAGCAACUGCAGGCUUUGCUGCCCGUGACAGGUGAGCUGGGGUCAGGCCUCACUCUGCCCUGCCCCAAUACAUUCGUGUCCCCCACCCAUGCACUGGCUCCCCUGGGAGAGGAGGUUGGAGAAGAGCCAGGGUGUUUGCCCAAGUUGGGGAUCAGUGGCCGCCUCAAGGCUGAGGUGGAUAAGUCAACCCAGGUGGACAUCGAUAAGAUGCUGAGUGUUUGUGCCGCCCCACUUGUACCUCCACUCUCUCCUCAGUACAAGUGACUUUCCCGCCUCCACUGGAGUCUCCCCUUCUCCCAAGCCCAAACCAGAGCAGCAGCCUAGGCCUCAGGAGGAAGGGAAAAUUUGGCCCUUCUCCCUACUUGGGGCCUUGGACUUACUGAAAAUAAACAUUUUUCCUUUUCUCAGA